UGGGGUCGUAAAACUGCAUCCUGAGGAGUGACUAAUUUCUGUCGGACUCCUGCAGUCGUCGACGGAAACCUUUAGGAGUAAAACGUUGACUAGGAAAGAAGUGGAAUUUCAAAAUGUCAGAACGCACAAAUAACUUUCCUCCAAUUCCCGCCUUUAUGAGAAUAAAACCAUGCUUCUACCAUAACAUUGAUGAAGAAAUUCCUGCACCUCACCAGCAACUGGUGAAGAGAGCUUACAUGCUGUGGAUGUUGUAUUCUGGCACACUGUGUAUAAAUGUGAUCUCAUGUAUUGCAUGGUGGGCCGGAGGUGGAAAUGCAACAAACUUUGGUUUCUCUCUGCUGUGGCUUAUCCUCUUUAGCCCCUGCAGUUACACCUGCUGGUUCAGACCCCUCUACAAAGCUCUCAGGGCUGACAGCUCCUUCAACUUCAUGACCUUCUUCUUCAUCUUUUUCCUUCAGUGUGUCUUAGCCAUCAUUCAGACUGUAGGCAUCCCUGGCUGGGGAACAUGUGGCUGGUUUGCCACCAUGGUAUUUUUCAGCACAAAUAUCGGCUCCGCUAUUGUGAUGCUCAUCACAACUCUGCUCUUCACCGUGGUCACUCUUUUAAUGAUGCUGGUUCUCAUUAAGGUGCACAGACUGUACCGCGGCGGUGGAGGUAGUCUGCAGCGCGCUCAGGAAGAGUGGAGCACUGGAGCAUGGAAAAGUGCACCGGUGAGGGAAGCAGGGUUUCAUGCUGUUGCUCAGACAGCUCAAGGUCCUAGUUUGCCCCAGUAUCCUACUAGUGUGCCAAGUUACCCUGACAACAGUCAGUGGUGAUGGCUAAGAGUUGCCUCUAGAUGGAGACACAUGUCUAGCCAUUUAUUAAUGCUCUUGAAACACCAAUACAUCUCACCUUUUUAGAUGAGAAAUCAUACAGGUGAAUUUGCUCUGUUUUAUUAGAAGAGAGUAAGCUUUAAAAUGUUUUAUUGAGAGUUUAGUUACCAGAGCUCAUUGAAGCCGUUUGAAAGUUUGAAGGUUGUCUUCAAAAUAAGUCAUUCCAUUUCAACUUUGUUUACAUAUAACUUAGUUUUUUUGCUCAAGAAAGUGAUUCUUUAGAAAAGGUGUAGUGUUUUGCAGAUAAUUAAUUGAAAAAAGAAGGAUCAUUUUGAACAGUUUGAAAGAGUGUGUGCUUAUGGAUCUUUAUGAUGGAAAUGUUUUACACAUAGUAUGACCUGGAUUCCUUUUUUUUUUCUUCCCUCCCUUUAUAUCAACACAACCUGUACUCUGCAUGAUUUACAUGGUGAAACUUUCCUCUUCAUUCUAGACAUUUCAUUUUUGAUACUUCUGCUUGAUACUUUGAUGCUUGCGUGUGAUUUCUUGCAAUGCGCCUUAUACCGUUUAUGCAUGUGAAAACAAUACUGCUGGACUUGCGCCUUAACAAAAAGUGGCUUCUUUUUAAAAACAAAAAAACCUGGGCUUGCUUCAGUGAAGCGACUCGUGUGCGAUUGUUUUUUUUUCUUUUCUCACUAAGCACUAAUGUGACAAACCACUUGUUGUAUUAUUAAUGUUCCAGUUCUUUGACUUUGCCUAAUAUUUUUGUGUUUGAUUAUAAAUUGCUUGUAUCCAGCCUGUUGUACGGUUUGGAUAUACCAAGUUUCUCUUAUGCCAAAUGAACUGACCUCAUCUAACAAAUAUGCACAAAUAAGUUGACAGAUUGUUAAAAAGAAGUCUGCUGUUGAUCAUGACCCAACUACUGUCAGUCCAACAAGCAUCUACUUUGCAUGCAGGUAAUGUAAGGCUAGUUUUGUGCCAGUAAAAGCCUGUAUGCAAUUUAAACCUUCACCAAGAGAAAAAUGUAUUACCAGUACUCAUAUAUUUAACAAUUAAUUUGUUACAAAAGUGUCCUUCAUGGCCAACUGCCAAAUUUAAUGUUUUAUUUUUUCUGUUAUUUGGUAAUGAUAAUCUAAAAAGUUAAUGUAACAUUUCAAUAAAUAUUCUUAUUCACUA